AUGUCGGCAGAACCAAUCGAUGCGCAACUCGCGCAAAUCAAGCCCGAAACCGAUGCCAAUCAACAAGCUGAAGCGUCUGCAAAGGAGCAAUCUGCUGAUGUCAACGUAGAUGCAGAUGUUGACGCUGACGCUGAUGCUGAUGCCGACGCCGACGCUGAUGGUGAUGCCGAUGCUGAGGCAGAGGUAGACGAGCCUGCUGUCAAAGUCGAGGUCGAGUCGGAGGAGCAAAAUGCGACCACAAACAUCAAAGUCGAGCAGCAGGGCACACCACAGCCUGCGGCGGUAACCCCACCUCAAGAACCACAACAACCAGAGUCGGAACCUCAGCACCAACAAGCGGGCUCCUCAAAUCAACCACUGCAGCCCCACAAGUACAUGACUGUAGAGCAGAGGAAGCAGCUCUUCGAGGAACGCGUCCGAAUCGAUCCUCGCGAUGGCGAAGCUUGGCUCAAUCUCAUCGAAGAGGCUCAAUCCCGGGAGGAUAUGGAAGCAACCAGAACGCUCUACGACCGCUUCUUCAAGGUAUUCCCUAACCAAGCACGCCAGUGGCUAGCCUUCCUCGAUCUCGAGCUGGCUCACAGCAACUUCGCCCAAGUUGAGGCUAUUUUCAAUAGAUGCCUGCGCACCACUCCCUCGGUCGAUCUUUGGAAGUUCUACCUCUCCUACACCCGCCGCGUAAACCCGCUCCCGCCGUCCACGGGGGCAGACGAGGACCCUGCACGAGAGCAGGCCAGACGCACCCUCGAGGGCGCGUACGAGUUUGCGCUUCGAUUCAUCGGUAUGGAUAAGGACAGCGGCUCCAUUUGGACCGACUACAUCUCGCUCAUCAAGGAGCGAGAAGCACGAGGUGGCUGGAAGGAGGGUCAAAAGAUGGAUGACCUGCGUCGCGUCUACCAGCGAGCUGUCAGCGUGCCCCUCACCAACAUCGAGGCCAUCUGGAAGGACUAUGAUGCCUUUGAGAACGGCCUCAACAAGCUCACCGCCAAAAAGUUCCUCGCUGAGCGCUCGCCUGCCUAUAUGACCGCACGUCGCGUUCUCAGAGACCUCAAAGCCUACACCGACCCUCUCGUAAAGCCUCUUCUGCCACGUGUGCCCGUCUGGACCACCUCGGCACUUGCAGGUGAUGCGGCCCAGGAUCCCGCGCAGUGGCAGCGCGAGCGUCAGCAGGUGGAAGCAUGGACAGAGUACCUCAAGUGGGAAGAGUCCAAUCCUUUGCUGCUCGAGGAUCCUGCUGCCCUGCAGGCUCGAGUCACUAACGCCUACCGCCGGGCAACCAUGUUCUUGCGCUUCUAUCCCGAGGUGUGGUACCUUGCCUCGAGAUACCUUCUCUCCAGUGCGCGAGCCGAUGAGGCUGCUACGUGGCUCAAGAACGGUAUGGAGGCUUGCACCGCCAGUUUCCUCCUUCACUUUGCCUACGUCGAGCUGGGCGAAGCGAGAAAGACCACCGACGACUGUGCUGCUGUCUUUGACGAGCUCAUCAAUCACAUUCACUCACAGAUCGAUGCGCGCCAAGCAAAGCUGCAGCAAGACCUCAAGAAUGUCGACACCGAGGCAGAGAUGGCUAAAGCGCAAGCCGCUACUCGCCGCGCCAAUGACGGCGAUGGUGACGUGGACAUCGACGGCGAGGAGCGCGAACGAGAUCGCAGAGCCGUCGAGCAGCUUCAAGUGCGAAAACGCGAAUUGCAAGCCGUCGCCAAACCAGAGGUCGAAGGUCUCAAGGAGGCGAGCGCAUUGGUAUGGAUCAAGUACAUGCACUUCCUGCGACGCACCGAGGGAAUACGACCUGCUCGAAGCGUUUUUAGCCGAGCGAGAAAGAGCCCACAUACCACCUGGCAGAUCUUUGAAGCGAGCGCCCUCAUGGAGUAUCACUGCUCGAAGGAUGCCGUCGUCGCUACCAAAGUCUUCGAACUUGCACUCAAGACGUUUGGUUCUGACGAAGCAUUUGUCGUUCGCUAUCUCGACUUCCUCAUUGCCAUGAACGACGACAGCAACGCACGAGCGCUAUUCGAGCGGGUCAUCGGCGCCUUUUCACCCGAACGCGCUCGCCCAAUAUGGGAUCGAUGGGCAAAAUACGAAUACAAUUUUGGCGACAGUGUUGCCAUUCAAAAGCUUGAAGUUCGAUUGGCAGAGACCUAUCCGGACGAGCCGUCGACGAAGCGUCUCGUGGCGCGCAAUUCGUACAUGGACCUCGACCUUGUCGGACCUCGCGAUCUGGGUCUUCUACCAGCGGUAGCCGGAGCCAGCGCAGCAGACCGCGCGGUCGAAGCUGCCAAAGAAGGCAUUGCUGACGAGGGACCCAGGCGCAAAACCAUGCAAGAGAUGAAGCGUCUUGCAGCCGAAAGCCUUCAAGACGACACCACGGGCAACUGGGCACGACCCGGUGCAGCAGCAACCGCAGGUGGACCGCCGGUAAAGAAGUUCAAACGGGACUCGGCUUCUCCUGCUCCCCCCGCAUUCAACGCUGCCGCCGCACAGCAAGCGGCUGGAUCGAGAGAUGCAUGGAACGAAUUCCCGGAAGCGGUGUUGGUGUUCAUGGACAUGUUGCCAGGCGCUCGGUUGUUCGAUGGACCUGUGUUCAAGGCGGACGAUAUCUUGGAAUGCAUUGCCAGUGCCAAUGUGCCUGUUGGAGGUGGCGGUAGGGGAGGCGGUAUGAGGGGCAGGUUCCGUUGA